CCAAGGGCUGCAUCUUAAAUAAAAGUGUCACCUCAGUAAGCGGAGAUUGUUGCGGGAUUGUUGCUCGAGAAAUACGUAAAAAAAAAGAUGGCCUCUGUUCAAUCGAUGGGCGCAAUUUUAGUGCUAGUUCUUGCUCCUACUUUGUGUCAUGUCACAAGUAUGGGCGAUUCCAUCGAGGGACGAGCUGCACCGAAUGUCAGCACAGUAGUCUUUGAACUUUUCACACGAUCGAAUCCGACGCAACCUCAAAUCCUGGAACUCGACAACUUGACAUCACUUCAACAGUCCUUUUAUGAGCCAUCAUUACCCACGAAGAUGUUCGCUCACGGCCUGCAUGAUACGCCUGGCGCAGCCUAUUCUAGCAGAGAUGCUUACCUACAACGUGAACAUUGCAAUUUCAUCGCCAUUGAUUGGUCCGUUUUGGCAUCAGGUAUCGAAUAUCCUCUGAUUGUUGAACGUGACGUACCCCGAGCAGCGAUCCACACAGGACAAUUCAUUGAUUUCCUCGUCGAGAAUACGGAAACGUCGUUUAGCUCCAUUCACUUGAUGGGUCAUAGCCUUGGGGCUCACGUCGUAGGCGGUGCAGGAGCGGCAGUCAGUCUAGGAAGAGUGCCUCGUAUCACCGGACUGGACCCAGCCGGACCUUUGUUCACCCUCAACGACACGGAGACGCGACUGGACACGACAGACGGUGACUUUGUCGAUAUCAUUCACACAAACGGCGGCACAUUGCUGCACGACCAGCAAGGCUUUUUACCACCUAUCGGACAUAUUGACUUUUACCCCAACGGCGGUCAAUUUCAACCUGGAUGCACAGCGAAUCAAAUGGAAUCGACAGGUCAAUCAAGAGGUGGCUGCGAUCACGCACGAGUAAUAACUUACUUUGUCGAGUCCAUCAACAGUGAAAUAGGUUUCCGCGCCGUUGAGUGCGAAACGCAGGACGAUUUUGAUGCUGGAUUGUGCGCCAAUAAUCCGUCCGUUCUCAUGGGCGACCCAACUCCUUCAUCAGCUCGAGGCGUCUAUUAUCUGGCGACAAGCGACAAAGCCCCAUUUGCUUUAGGAUGACGCCCUAAAUCGAUACAAAAAUAAUAGCCUCGUUAAUUGAAUGUAUACCUUCCAUAUUUCGCAACAUACGUUCGUGGAAACCUUGUCAUAAAAUAGUUCAAAACGCUUCUAAAUAAAAUCAUGCCUAUUCCUAUUA